AGCUCUUCGGGGAAGAACAUAUAAUCCCCUUCGGCCCCGAUAUCUGCUGAAAUCCCAAUCGCUGGCUGUAACAGCGGUUCAUUCACUCAUGCCACGAGUGUUUAUUUGGUCUUUAUCCAGCGUUCCAUUACACACACUGUCCCAUAUUUCCACAACCAAUGCUCAUGAGUCGGAGAGCUGCAUACCCGAUGCCCGAUGUAGAAGAAUGUAUAAGGCAAUCCUAGCAGGUGAAUGCAUCUGCCAGGGCACUUACUACUCACUACUAUGGCUAAGGGGAGGCUGCCUUCAUUUGACGAACUGCCUAAGUUUCAGAACUUUCCUGGGUGUGCUUGGAAUGUCUGGGGAAAGGACGACCAAUUGGGAACUGUCAAUUUAUUGACUGAUGAAGUCGUGAAAAAGGCCACUGAAGAAAUAAAGCUGGGAAAGACGAUAUGUUUGAACUGGCCUGUCAAUUUUCCCGAGAAGCCAUUUUUCGGUAGACAGACACCGAAGAUCCGCUCUUGGGGAACAGACUGCGUCAGCGACGAUUCGAUCUUCAUCAACACACAAUCCGGUACUCAAUGGGAUGGCUUGAAGCAUUUCGGUAUCGAAGAACACAAGAUAUUCUAUAACAACACUUCUACCGAGUCUCUUUAUAGAGGCCAGCUUUCCCUUCCGGACCCAAGCACCAUCGAUCCCAACUUGAUCAAGCUAGGGAUCCACAAUUGGGCACAGCAUGGAAUCUGUGGCCGUGGCGUAUUCUUGGACCUAGUCAAGCAUUAUACUGCCGAUGGCAAACCGUUACCGUACGACCCAUGGGCGGCGCACCCAAUUCCACUACGUGAUAUUGAGGACUGCGCGAAGAUGCAAGGCGUCGAGUUCAGACAAGGUGACAUACUGAUCCUGCGUGUUGGUUUCAUUCAGCGGUAUACUAUGGCUACCCCAGAAGAACGAUCAACCCUAAGUGGCAAACCCGAGAACUUCGCUGGCAUUGAGCAGACAGAAGAGAUGAAGCGGUUCCUUUGGGACAACCACUUUGCUGCCGUAGCGUCAGAUCAACCUGCAUUAGAGCGUUGGCCUACGCCAGAUGGUGUCCCACAUCUCCACCAGACAAUACUAGGUUUGUUCGGCAUGCCCAUAGGUGAACUAUUCGAUCUAGAAGGGCUUUCCAAGUUCUGUGCCGAAUCCGGAAGAUACACAUUUUUCUUCUCGUCCUGGCCUCUCAACGUCCUCGGUGGCGUAGCAAGUCCUCCGAAUGCUGCGGCUUAUUUCUGAUUUGGAAGGACAACCUGCGAUAUAACUGAAUGCCGUUAUCUAAUUGUUCAGCUUUUGGUUCUUUGCGUUCCCAUGAGAUCAGACACGAUUUCCGUCAAUGCGACAAAUGUAUGAGUACUCAU